GUUCUUUCUACCUGGUACAUAGCUUGCAAAGAUCUCAUCAUCUCUUUCACAUCAGAUGUUCCCUUCUCAGAGAGGCCUUCCUUGACCGAUCUGUGUCUAAAUCAGAUCGUCAUUACCAGCACCACCUUGUUCUCUCCUUAUCCGGCCUUGUUUUCUUUAUAGCGGUUGUCACUCUGUGGGCUAGUUGUUGCUUUUCUGUCUCUCCCCGCUAGAAUGCAAAUUCUGUGGGGGCAGGACUGCCUGUACAGGUAACUGCCAUAGAAGGGUGCCUGGAAUGGUGGGAGGCUCUUAGUACAAGCUUUUUGUGAUUAAAGAAAACAAAAUUGGCAUACCCCAAAGGAGCUGGAUGGCCACUGCUCACUACUGCUUGGUGCCGAUGGCACGUUAAUGAUGGUUUGAGUUUCAGGUUAUGGUACAACAUUUUAAUUUUCAUGAACUCUUGGAAAAGAACUGACCUGGAUUGGACACAGAAGUGUGAAGAUCCAACAUUUUAUGGCAGACUGCAUGAAUGAAGUGGGAACGGUGAAGCAUGGAGCUGUAUUUUGGUGAAUAUCAGCACGUGCAGCAGGAAUACGGUGUCCAUCUGAGACUCGCAAGUGACGAAACCAAAAAAUCCAGGAAUUCCCAGCCCUCUAAGGCCGGCUCCUAUGGUGUCAGUAUUCGGGUACAGGGAAUCGAUGGCCACCCCUACAUAGUCCUGAAUAAUACAGAGCGCUGUGUGCCAGGUACAUCUUUUUCUGAAAAUGGGCCCUCAUUUCCAUCUCCAGUGAUUAAUAACCUGCCUGUGCAUCCCAGCAAUGGGGCUGGGCUAGAGGAGCACAAUGCAGAAGAGUUGCAGCUUCCAGAAAACCCGUAUGCCCAACCCACCUCAGUAAGGGCCCUGAAACAGCCCUCUCUCUUUGAGGGCAAGAAUGGGGUUGUAGAGUGCAAAGAGGGGCCCAUGAAGCCAUCCCACGUACUGAACUUUCAGAGGCACCCAGAGCUUUUGCAACCCUAUGACCCCGAGAAGAAUGAGUUGAAUGUACAAAAUCACCAACCGCCUGAGAGUAAUUGGCCAAAAUCCUUAACAGACGAAGGUAUCAACAAUAAGAAGAGUUGGACUUGCUUUCCCAAACAUAGCAGUUCCCAGCCUACCAGCCCUCCUUUGGGAGACCCGGCCAAAUCCAACGUGACAGCCAUUCGUUUAUGCAGCUCGGUGGUCAUAGAUGACCCCAAGAAGCAGACCUCAGUGUGUGUGAAUGUGCAGAGCUGCACCAAGGAGGGGCUGGCAGAGGAGGCCCUUUCCGCUAGUGGGAGGCCCCUACCUGCCCAUGGCCCAGAUGCCCACUCUGAAAACAAGAAAACCAGGCCAGAUGUGCUUCCCUUCCGGCGACAAGAUUCAGCCGGUGCCAUCCUGGAUGGAGCUCGGUCUCGGUCUCGGAGAUCCUCCUCGUCGUCGACAACGCCCACGUCGGCCAACUCCUUGUACAGAUUUUUGCUUGAUGAUCAAGAAUGUGCCAUCCAUGCUGACAAUGUGAAUCGUCACGAAAACAGAAGGUAUAUCCCCUUCUUGCCCGGGACUGGGCGAGAUAUUGAUACGGGAUCAAUUCCUGGUGUGGAUCAAUUAAUUGAAAAAUUUGACCAAAAACCUGGCCUGCAGAGAAGGGGAAGGUCUGGGAGGCGAAACAGAAUCCAUCCAGAUGACAGAAAGAGGUCCAGAAGCGUGGAUAGUGCCUUUCCUUUUGGUCUCCAAGGGAACUCGGAGUACCUAAAUGAAUUUAGCAGGAACUUGGGCAAGUCCAGCGAACACCUCCUGCGCCCCUCACAGGUGUGGCAGCGGCCGCCAGCCCAGGAGCACCGUGGGAAACAGAGCAUGGGCCGUGCUUCCACCAAGCUUCAGGGAGCCCACCCCAGACCUCCCCAGCAGAGCAAAGAGGGGAAAGUUCUAGAAAGCAAAGGUGGUCAGGAAAGUACGACCGUCGCACAUGCAUCCUCCCUCCCAGCACAGAAUAAGAAGGAGGAGGAAAUCAAAACGGCCACUGCCACACUGAUGUUACAGAAUCGGGGGCUAGCAACUUCACCUGACUCUGGUGCCAAGAAGAUUUCUGUGAAGACAUUUACUCCCACCUCAAAUACUCAGGCCACACCAGAUCUGUUAAAGGGCCAGCAAGAGCUCACUCAACAAACCAACGAGGAGACGGCCAAGCAGAUACUUUACAAUUACCUCAAAGAAGGAAGCACCGAUAAUGAUGAUGCUACUAAAAGGAAAGUCAACCUGGUCUUUGAGAAAAUUCAGACUUUAAAGUCUCGAGCAGCAAGCACACAAGGAAAUAAUCAAGCUUCUAAUUCUUCAUCUGAAGUGAAAGAUCUGUUGGAACAGAAAAACAAGUUGACUAUCGAAGUGGCUGAACUUCAGAAACAGCUUCAACUAGAAGUCAAGAAUCAACAGAACCUCAAAGAAGAGAGAGAAAGAAUGAAAGCAAACUUAGAGGCGCUCCAGAGCCAGCAUGACAAGAAGGCGGAAGAGAACUCCGUGCUGCAGCGGCGCCUAGAAGAAAGUGAAGGGGAGCUCCGGAAAAACCUGGAGGAGCUGUUCCAGGUGAAGAUGGAACGGGAACAGCACCAGACUGAGAUCAGAGAUCUCCAGGACCAGCUCUCAGAAAUGCACGAUGAACUGGACAGUGCUAAACGAUCCGAGGACAGAGAGAAGGGGGCUCUCAUUGAGGAACUCUUACAGGCAAAGCAGGACCUUCAAGAUCUGCUUAUCGCCAAAGAGGAGCAGGAAGACCUCUUGAGGAAGCGGGAGCGGGAGCUCACUGCCCUGAAGGGAGCCCUGAAAGAAGAGGUUUCCAGUCACGACCAGGAGAUGGAGAAGCUGAAGGAGCAGUACGACGCCGAGCUGCUGGCCCUGAGGGAGAGCGUGGAAGAGGCGACCAAGAAUGUCGAGGUCCUGGCCAGUCGGAGCACCUCUUCCGAGCAAACCCAGCUGGGGGCUGAGGUGCAGGUGAAGGCUCUGGAGGCAGAGAACGAGAAGCUGCGCAGAAGCCUUGCAGGGCUGGAGCAGAGUGUUGCUCGGCUCCAGAGGCAGGUUGCUGACCUUAAAGACGACGAGGCCAAGGCGAAGGAAGCCCUCAGGAAGUACGAGGCGGAGGCUCGGCAAUUAGAGGAGGCCCUCGUGCGUGCGAGAAAGGAAGAAAAAGAAGCCACAGCAGCCAGAAGGACCCUGGAGAGCGAGCUAGAAGAUGCUCAGAGAAAUCUGAGUCGGGCCACCCAGGAGCAGAAGCAGUUGUCUGAGAAGCUAAAAGAUGAGACCGAGCAGAGGGAGCAGUUAAGGAGACUGAAGAAUGAAAUGGAGAAUGAGCGGUGGCACCUAGACAAGACCAUUGAGAAACUGCAGAAGGAGAUGGCUGACAUUGUCGAGGUGUCCCGCAUAUCAACGCUGGAGCUCCAGAACCAGCUGGAUGAAUACAAGGAGAAAAAUCGCAGGGAGCUUGCAGAAAUGCAAAGGCAGUUGAAGGAGAAGACCCUAGAGGCAGAGAAGGCCCGUCUGACUGCGGCAAAAAUGCAGGAGGAGAUGCGCCUGAUGGAGGAAGAGCUGCGGGACUACCAGAGAGCUCAGGAUGAGGCACUCACGAAGAGGCAGCUUCUGGAGCAGACGCUGAAGGACCUGGAGUACGAGCUGGAGGCCAAGAGUCACCUCAAAGAUGACCGCAGCCGACUGGUCAAGCAGAUGGAGGACAAGGUGUCUCAAAUGGAGAUUGAACUGGAGGAAGAAAGAAAUAACUCGGAUUUGCUAUCUGAGAGGAUCACUCGGAGCAGGGAACAGAUGGAGCAGAUGAGAAAUGAGCUACUUCAGGAAAGAGCUGUGAGGCAAGACCUGGAGUGUGACAAGAUCUCCCUGGAGAGACAGAACAAGGACUUAAAGAGCCGGAUCAUCCACCUGGAAGGUUCCUACCGGUCCAGCAAGGAGGGGCUGGUGGUGCAGCUGGAGACCAGGAUCGCAGAGCUGGAGGACCGUCUAGAGAGCGAGGAGAGGGACCGGGCCAGCCUACAGCUCAGCAACCGACGCCUGGAGCGGAAGGUGAAGGAGCUAGUGAUGCAGGUGGAUGACGAGCACCUGUCGCUGACUGAUCAGAAGGACCAGCUGAGCCUGCGCUUGAAAGCAAUGAAGCGACAGGUAGAAGAGGCCGAGGAGGAGAUCGACAGACUAGAAAGCUCUAAGAAGAAGCUGCAGAGGGAGCUGGAGGAGCAGAUGGAUGUGAACGAACAGCUGCAGGGUCAGCUCAGUGCCAUGAAGAAGAACUUAAGGCAGAAGAAGCUGCCCAGUAAAGUGCUGGACGACAUGGACGACGAUGACGACCUCAGCACCGACGGGGGCAGCCUCUAUGAGGCGCCGCUGAGCUACACCUUCCCCAGGGAUGCCACCAGCCAGAUCUGAGUCCACCUCCGAUGCCGUGGAGGUAGCCCACCACUCCUCCCAGGGACCUCCGGCCUCCCACAGCAAGAGGCAGGAAAAGCAGUGUCUGUCUGGAGCUGAGACCCAUCGCCACCUCUUCACAUAACCAGCCGACUUACUCCUCCACGCUCCAUUCCUCCUCGGAUCUCGGAGUGGCAGUGUGGCUCUCGUAUCUUAGACAGGGAGCUGUUGCUGUGUAAAUGCUGAGAUGCCUGAGGCUGAGCAGUGGCCGCCCAUUGGGGUGCUUGGGAAAACAUGGUUUAGCAAGGUGACGUCCUCUGCACAGCUGUCUGCCAGACCAUUUGCGCUGCUGCUCCUACCCCUCUGCCAUCCCCCCACCAGGAGGAAGGGUCCAAAAUGCUAGUUUUAUUUAAUAGCCACUGUGCAUGGUGGGAAAUGAUGUACAGGCUGUAUAUGUUUUAGAGCAGACCUUCUCCUGACUGCUGCUGUUUCAUUCGGAAUGCUACAGAGGCUUCCUAGGGUGGCGUGCUUGUCAAGGUUACAUAUCUUUAUUGAGUAUUAUUUUUUUAAAUAUGAAGCUACUAGAUUUUAAGUAUUCAAGAGCAGAGGCAAGACAGAGAAGGCAGAAUAAAGACCACUUUGGACACAGAGUUGGAAAAAAGGGUUGUUGUGGUGACAAGGGACAGUUAACCCUGAGAAGAGAAACACAGGUGGUCUUGGUGAACAACUUGCUGAUGGAAGGAGAGAGAAGCAGAGGGUCGCUUGUAUCUGUGGCCUCAGUUAUGAAUUUUAUUUAGAACAUUGUUAUGAUUUCUGAACCAUGCUGAGACCAACUCCCAAUCACCAGCUGCCAUUUCUUUUACACACGGGCUUGGGAGGCUUAGAAGUAAGGUUUUUGACAAAUGAUGUGGCCCUCCUGUCCCUCCUGUUCUUAUUGGUCCUGUCCUCCCUCUUCCUACAACAGGCCUCUGACUUGGGCUCUCCUGGUCCUUGAAUGGAGUGACUGCUGGGGGCAGAGUAGGAGGAUAUGGGGACAAGGCUCAUGGACUUAGGGGUGAAGAAGAAGCAGGUAUCCAGUGAGGUCAUGGAGAAAAGGAGAAGAGAUAAGCAGGUGUGUGUGGGUUUGGGUGGGAAGGAAGAGAAGGAAAAAGUUCUUGAAAGCUGGGGAGAUGUGUGUACAGGAGAUAGAUGGAGCAGGAUCUCAGGUUUGUGUCAGGAAAGGGAGGAAGGCAACAAAUCAGAUGGAGGUGUGUCUGUGCAAACUGGGAGGCUCCUGCCAACUGCCUGGGACAGAGGGACAUCAGCCAGCACCAGGCACGAGGUGACUGGGAGUGGUGAGGACUGGGCAAGGCCGCGUGGCAGGGACAGAAUCACAGGGAGCGUGGCAUUGGGAGAAUGCCCGGUAUACCAGCACUCCCUCCCGGCCUUCCUGGUGUCUCCUCCCUCUGUGACAGUCCCCAGGUACAUCCAGAGGCCAGGUCCAAUCACAGCUGGGCUUUCAUAGGUCAGGGCCAGGGAGAGAACCCUGUGAGCUGUGCACUUGUUGGGGCAGAGGAGACAACGUUGGUCUGCUUCAGCGGUGUACCCAAGCUCCCCAGUAGAUGAGAGUCCUGUGGACCUGAGAACUCCAUGACAAUUGCUGUGGGGGAGCAGGGACUCUCUGUGCCCUACCUACCCCACAUCCCUGAGCCCGUGAAACAGGAUUCAGAGCGAUCAGCCUGGUUUAAGGGCAGGUGUGACCCCCCCACAGGUGAGGCCUCUGGAGGCCUCUGGAGGACAUGGUCUGAGGCACUGGGAAUGUAAUGUGAGUAAAAAGAAUCAAAAUCACACUGCUCCUGGAGUGAAUUCAGGGGAAGGGAAUGAUAGACAACAGUCAUGCAAACAGACACAGAUUGAGUCCCCACCCAACCCUGGAUGCCCCUGACCCCUUGGGGCUGCAAGAAGCCUGCAGUUGGUUGCCCGGCUUGCUCACUGGAACUCCUACCAUGACCCUCACUGUGGUCAUGCUUCCCCUGCUGCUUCCGCUAUCGUUAGACAUUUGCUGAGAAGCCUGCCUAGGGAUGCCACAGCCCACUCGUGACGGAGGCUGGGAGAUGAGAAGGCUCUGAGGCCCAAGAGCUUUGGGAGUGAUGUCUGUCUUGGUUUGAAAGAAAGCCCCAGCCCCUUGUUUUGGCCCGUUCCUCCGGGUACCCCUGGCUGGCUGCAAGGAGCAAAGAUGCCCAUGGAAAGAGAACAGAUCACCAGUCAGAAGCCUGGCGUCCUUACCCUAAAUAAUGGGCCAUUUUAAAUGUUAAAUGUGCCAUUCUUCACAGUAUUGGAGCUGACAGCGAGCUGGAUGCACACAGUGUAGCUUUGGGGUGGGAAGAGAACUGGAUUGGGCAUUGAACAAGGUAUUUUCAAGUCCAGGUUUAUCUUAUCCCAGUGACCUUGAUGGGGCAUGUGCCCUCAGAGUCACAGAGUGCCCAGAAUAAGUGAGGACCAGGGCCCAAGGUUCUUUCCAGCUCUGACAUGCUCUCAUUCUUUGAUUUUAUUAUAUAUAUCUUUUUUUUUUUUUGGUUUAUUGCUUUAAGAACUAACCCCACUGAAGAAUAUUUUCUUUAGCUAGCUUAAAAAGAAAAAAUAUUUUAUUUAAUAAAUAUGUGGCCAAAUGCAAUGCUGAGGAGACAAUCAUCAUCUAUCUUUAUAAUUUUUUUCUGCUCCUGGGAGUCAUUUGACAAGCCGGUAGGCUUGUCCUGUUGGGUGUCUGCAUUCGGGUCUGGUCUGAUUGCUUUGGUUUGUCAUGGGGAAGAGACGUUCCUGUAUAGCUACCUCCAUGUAAGUGAACUGGAUUGAGCAAGAUUGCCUUUCAAUAAAUGGUGUCACCCGACGGGA